CAACUUUAUCCUCUUUCUCUCUCUUCUUAACCCUUUCUUUCUUUCUUCCCCAACUUUCUUUCUUUCUAUAUUGCUUCCGUGUAUCGCCGGACAAUCUCCGUUAACAAUCAUCCGUUACUCAAGUCUUCCAAUUCAUCGUUUUCCACAACCAUUUCACUGAUCCUUAAGGCUGUAGGAAGAUCGGUUUUGUUAUUCCAAGUAUCAUCACAGGAUAUUUGAACCUGAUAUCCCCUUUUGUGGGAUGCUUUUAUCUAAUAAAAAAGGACUUGUAUACAAAUAAUGGCAUCAAAAUCUUUUGCAAACAUUUUGGAUUUGGCUCCUGAUAAUCUACAGUUGGAUAUCCCUCAUACUCCAAGAACUCUUCCACGGGUCAUGACUCUACCCGGAGUUAUCAACGGUUAUGACGGGGAUUCAGAUAGUAUCUCAUCUGGUUGUCGCGAGAGAAAAAUCAUUGUCACAAAUACGUUACCAUUACAUAUCCAACGGGACCCAGACACCCUAAAGUUGACUUUCAGCUUUGAUGAAGACUCCCUUUAUUGGCAACUGAAAGACGGGUUUUCACCCGAAACUGAGGUUGUGUAUGUCGGUUCACUCAAGGUUGAAGUAGACGCUAGUGAACAGGAAGAAGUUGCUCAGAAGCUUCUGGAAGAAUUCAACUGUGUUCCCACUUUUCUUCCUCACGAUCUUCACAAAAAGUUUUACGCCGGUUUCUGUAAACAACAAUUAUGGCCGCUUUUCCAUUACAUGCUUCCCAUUUGCCCUGACCAUGCUGACCGGUUUGACCGUCUUCUUUGGCAGGCUUAUGUGUCUGCAAAUAAAAUAUUUGCAGAUAAAGUUAUGGAAGUUGCUGACCCAGAUGAUGAUUAUAUCUGGGUUCAUGAUUAUCAUCUGAUGAUCUUACCUACUUUCUUAAGAAAACGUUACAAUCGAGUCAAACUUGGCUUCUUUCUUCAUAGUCCAUUUCCUUCAUCUGAAAUUUACCGAACUCUUCCCGUAAGAGAUGAAAUUCUUAAAGGGCUUCUUAACUGUGACCUAAUUGGUUUCCACACAUUUGACUAUGCACGUCACUUUUUGUCAUGCUGCAGUAGAAUGAUGGGCCUGGAUUAUGAAUCCAAACGAGGACAUAUUGGGCUUGAUUACUUCGGUCGAACAGUGUAUAUCAAAAUUUUACCUGUGGGCAUUCAUAUGGGUCGGCUUGAAUCUGUGUUAAAUCUUCCAAUAACAGCAAGUAAAGUCAAAGAGAUUAGUCAACGCUUCAAGGGGAAAAAGCUGAUAGUUGGGGUUGAUGACAUGGAUAUCUUUAAAGGCAUUAGUCUUAAGUUACUUGCAUUUGAAUAUUUGUUACAGAUGAACCCUGUGGAACAAGGAAACCUGGUUUUGAUCCAAAUUGUGAACCCUGCAAGGAGUACGGGGAAAGAUGUAGAAGAAGCAAAACGAGAGACUUAUUUAAUUGUAAAUAGAAUCAACGAGACAUACGGGUCACCUGAUUAUAAACCUGUGGUUCUGAUUGACCGACCCGUUGCACGUUAUGAAAAGUCAGCUUAUUAUUCUUUGGCUGAUUGUUGCAUAGUCAAUGCUGUUAGGGAUGGAAUGAAUUUGGUACCGUAUAAAUACAUUGUUUGCAGACAACACUCACCCGAUAUUGAUAAAUCGAGCAUGCUGGUUGUGUCCGAAUUUGUUGGGUGUUCACCAUCGUUAAGUGGUGCUAUACGGGUCAACCCAUGGGAUAUCGAAUCUGUAGCUGGAGCUAUAAGUUCAGCUAUAACAAUGAAAGAUUCAGAGAAGAAGUUAAGACACGAAAAACACUAUAAAUACGUAAGCUCUCAUGAUGUUGCUUAUUGGGCGCGUAGCUUUAUGCAAGAUUUAGAAAGAGCAUCGAAAGAUCAUUACAAUAAACGUUGCUGGGGUAUCGGUUUUGGACUUGGAUUUAGAGUCGUUUCUCUUUCUCCAAGUUUCAGAAAACUAUCUCCAAAUUAUAUUGUUUCCGCGUAUAAAAAGUCAAACAGACGGGCUAUAUUUCUCGAUUAUGAUGGUACACUUGUCCCACAAUCGUCCAUUGUAAAGAGUCCGAGUGAAGAACUUGUAAGUAUAUUGAGUACGCUUUGCAGUGAUCCUAAAAACACAGUUUUCAUCGUUAGUGGACGGGGAAGAAGCUCGUUAAGCGAGUGGCUUGCACCAUGUGAGAAGCUCGGUUUAGCCGCUGAACAUGGCUAUUUCACAAGGUGGAGUGGGAGUUCUGAGUGGGAAUCAAGUAUCCCGGCUACUGAUCUUGAGUGGAAGGAGAUUGCUGAACCAGUUAUGAGACUGUAUACAGAAGCAACCGACGGGUCAAGCAUUGAGGUCAAAGAAAGUGGGCUGGUAUGGCACCACCAAGACGCUGAUCCUGACUUCGGUUCGUGUCAAGCUAAGGAGUUGUUGGUGCAUCUAGAAAAUGUGCUUGCUAAUGAACCGGCCGUGGUUAAACGUGGUAAGCACAUAGUUGAAGUCAAACCUCAGGGUGUGACAAAAGGGUUGGUUGCAGAGAAGAUUUUAUCGAGAAUGGUGGAAAAAGGAGAGGGGCCAGAUUUUGUGACAUGUAUAGGAGAUGACAGAUCAGAUGAAGACAUGUUUGAAAGCAUUAGAAAUACGGUUUCAAGUCAAGAGAUAUUUGCGUGUACGGUUGGACGGAAACCUAGUAAAGCUAAAUAUUAUCUGGAUGACACUGCAGAUGUCAUCAAAUUGCUGGGAGGGCUUGCUAAUGCUUCGGAUCCGGUUCCUGGUAAAAGUGCAAGAUUUCAGGUUACUUUUGAUACCAUUUUUUGACAGUGUUCUGUUUGAGCCAAACACAAAUAGACUUUUUAGGAUGGAUAUUUUAACAUGGAAUGGAAUGGAAUGGUGUGCAUACUUGUGUUAGAAUUGGGUUGGGUUUUUUUUUCUUUGGGGUGAAUCUCUAGGGACAAUUGGGCUCCUGUCUAGAGAUGUAUGGGCCUUAUCUUAUUGAAUGUAUAGCUACUCUUGUGGUUUUAUAAAAGCUCUUCCUUUUUUUUAUUUA